AACGCACCCCCGGCAACAAUCCCCAUCAUCCUUCCUCUCCCUCCCAGGGUCCCUCCAGCUUCGGUGAGGAUCGAUGCCGCCGAAACGGAGCGGUUCGAAGACGGCGGCGGCGGGAGUAGUGGGAGAUGCGAGUGCGGGGAGGAGGAUUACCCGGCUUCGAUCGAGGGAGCUAGGGCUGGAGAUGGCGGAUGCCCUGGGUCCAGUCCUCAAGAAGAGGAAGGUCAAGAAGACGACGGGAGGCAAGGCGCUGCGGCCGCCAUUAGCAGCGGAUCCCACAUCCCGGCCCCGGCCCUGGUCGCCGCGUGUUGAACUGCCACCGUACCCCACUUCCGGCAACUCGAUCGAUGUUAUGAACUGGGAUAUUUAGUUGCGCAGGAUCUGCGCGCUCUCAGGACCUGCGGAUACUGAUGUUGACGUUCCAUGCACAAUCAGGACGGAGGAGGAGGACCCACGCACUGCCAUGGACGUCGUGAGCAUUGCUGACAAGGCCAUUGUCCGGAAGGCAGCUCGUUCGGUUGUCGGCAUCGUCUCACGUGUGCCUGAUGGGAAGGAGAUUAUGCAAUGCAGUGGGAUAAUCGUGGAUUGGAACGAGACCAGCAAGUUGGCAACGAUUGUAACUUGCUCUGCAGCCGUGUGCUAUGAUGGUGCAUUAGUCCAUCCCAAACCAAACUUGCGCAUACUUUUGCCCAAUAAUACUAACGUAGAGGGGCAAUUGUUGUUCUUUAAUGCACGCUACAACAUUGCAUUGUUGGAGGCCAUGGUGGACUCUCCAUUGGAGCCUGCUAAUUUUGGCUCUUGUCCAAACUUUGGACAGAAAGUGUUUGCCUUAGCAAGGGACCAUAAAGCAUCCUUAUUUGCUAGGCAUGGCUCAAUCCUGUUUCAGGAGCCACCAUCCUUUUUCGUGGACAAGUACUGGUUAUCUCUCAGCUCUGAAGUUGCACUGUGUGGCACUGGAGGACCUGCGAUUGAUGAGCAUGGAAAUGUUGUAGGGAUGACAUUCGGUCGCUUGCCAUAUCCAGACAUCCUAUCUAUUUCGAUCCUGCAGACAUGCAUUGACAUGUGGAGGAGACACAGGUAUACACUGAGAGACUUGGUAUUUUCAAGGGUGAUGUCAUUGUUUCAUACAAUGGACGUCGCGAUUUCAUUCUACAUAUGUUUGAGGCGUACCUUCUCAGUCUUGGCUGGGGUUUUCUUGAAAGCUCUGAUUCUAGCUGGACUACUGAUUUGGAGCUUGAGAUAUAUGACCCUGUCGGAUGUAUCACUAGAUGUGUUACCUUUACUUUAGGAUUUUCUGAUACUUCUGAGAAGGUCCUUGGACUGCUAUGAGACUGCUGGAGGAUAAAAGAUUCGCAAGCAAUAUGGCCAACUGCAGCAGCUAUGCCAUUUGCCUUUCUUUUGUGUAGCUAUGCAUUUUGUAAUGUUAUGCACUAUCUUGGGGCUGUGUCUUGUUUUUUUGUUCGAUUUGUAACCCCGAAGGAUAUAGUGUAACAUUGGUUCUUGUUUUUGUUCUGUGGUAGGGCUGUUAUAGCGAUAGAUACUAAAAUGUUAAUGAGCUAUAUCCUGUACUUUAGUGGUUUAGCAAGUUUUUUGGUGGCCAGGAUUGCAAAACUGAAAAAAAAAUGGAACAUAUCUCAAAUGGCUAUGUUCAGGCCAACAAGCACCUAGAGAGGAAAGAAAUUUCUGUAGCUGAUCUUGUUUUUUUUUUCGGUUUCAUCUGACAAUGGCCGGACUCAGCACCUCUACGCUGAGAUUGUAAAGGAAACCAUUGUACUCUUUUUCUUCCAUCCUUAAUGAAUUUGGUUGGCCAUCCUUAAUGCAGAUGGCCAGAUGCAGCU